CGUUGGCGUCGGCGGGGCGGAGGAACCGCGGCGGCGGCCGCCGCAUCCUCGCCGCCUGCCCCGGGCCGGCAGCGUCCGGGAGCCGUCGGGCAUGGAGCCGUGGAAGCAGUGCGCACAGUGGCUCAUCCACUGCAAGGUGCUGCCCGCCAACCACCGGGUGACCUGGGACUCGGCGCAGGUGUUCGACCUGGCUCAGACCCUCCGCGAUGGAGUCCUGCUCUGCCAGCUGCUCAACAACCUCCGGGCGCACUCUAUUAACCUGAAGGAGAUCAACCUGAGGCCUCAGAUGUCCCAGUUUCUCUGCUUGAAGAACAUAAGGACGUUCCUCACGGCCUGUUGCGAGACAUUUGGAAUGAGAAAGAGUGAACUGUUCGAGGCCUUUGACCUGUUUGAUGUCCGUGACUUCGGAAAGGUGAUAGAAACAUUAUCACGACUUUCCCGCACACCGAUAGCGUUGGCCACGGGAAUCAGGCCCUUCCCGACAGAAGAAAGCGUUAAUGAUGAUGACAUCUACAAAGGCCUGCCUGAUUUAAUAGAUGAAACCCACGUGGAGGAUGAGGAGGGUCUGUACGACUGUGUUUAUGGGGAAGACGAAGGCGGCGAAGUGUACGAGGACUUAAUGAAGGCAGAGGAAGCACAUCCUCCUAAAUGUCCAGAAAAUGACAUACGAAGUUGCUGCCUAGCAGAAAUUAAGCAGACAGAAGAAAAAUAUACAGAAACACUGGAGUCAAUAGAAAAAUAUUUCAUGGCACCAUUAAAAAGAUUUCUGACAGCCACAGAAUUUGAUUCUGUAUUUAUCAACAUUCCCGAACUUGUAAAAGUUCAUCGGAACCUAAUGCAAGAGAUUCAUGAUUCCAUUGUAAAUAAAAAUGACCAGAACUUGUAUCGUUUUAUUAACUACAAGGAAAGGUUGGUUAUUUAUGGGCAGUACUGCAGUGGAGUGGAGUUGGCCAUCUCAAGUUUAGACUACAUUUCUAAGACAAAAGAAGAUGUCAAACUGAAAUUAGAGGAAUGUUCCAAAAGAGCAAAUAAUGGGAAAUUUACUCUUCGAGAUUUGCUUGUGGUUCCUAUGCAGCGUGUUUUAAAGUAUCACCUUCUCCUCCAGGAGCUGGUCAAACAUACCACUGACCCUAUGGAGAAGGCCAAUCUAAAACUGGCUCUUGAUGCAAUGAAGGACUUGGCGCAAUAUGUGAAUGAAGUGAAAAGAGAUAAUGAGACCCUUCGUGAAAUUAAACAGUUUCAGCUAUCUAUAGAAAAUUUGAACCAACCAGUUUUGCUUUUUGGGCGACCUCAGGGAGAUGGUGAAAUUCGAAUAACCACACUUGACAAGCAUACAAAGCAAGAAAGGCAUAUCUUCUUAUUUGAUUUGGCAGUGAUCGUAUGUAAAAGGAAAGGUGAUAACUAUGAAAUGAAGGAAAUAAUAGAUCUUCAGCAGUACAAAAUAGCCAACAAUCCAACAACCGAUAAAGAAAAUAAAAAGUGGUCUUACGGCUUCUACCUCAUCCAUAUCCAAGGACAAAAUGGGUUAGAAUUUUAUUGCAAAACAAAAGAUUUAAAGAAGAAGUGGCUGGAACAGUUCGAAAUGGCUUUAUCCAACAUAAGGCCCGACUACGCAGACUCCAAUUUUCACGAGUUCAAGAUGCACACCUUCAGCCGGGUUACCUCCUGCAAAGUCUGCCAGAUGCUCCUGAGGGGGACCUUCUUCCAAGGCUAUCAAUGUGCUAAGUGUGGCGCGAGGGCCCACAAAGAGUGUCUGGGCAGAGCAGAGAGUUGUGGCCGCGUUAAUUCCGCUGAACAAGGGACGCUCAAACCACCUGAGAAACGGACCAAUGGGCUCCGAAGACCCUCCAGACAGGUGGAUCCAGGUUUACCAAAGAUGCAGGUCAUUAGGAAUUAUUCUGGAACACCACCCCCUGCUCUUCAUGAAGGACCCCCGUUACACAUCCAGGCAGGAGAUACAGUUGAACUUCUCAGAGGAGAUGCACACAGUCUGUUUUGGCAGGGUCGAAAUUUAGCAUCUGGAGAGGUCGGAUUUUUUCCAAGUGAUGCUGUCAAACCUUGUCCAUGUGUGCCCAAACCAGUAGAUUAUUCUUGCCAACCGUGGUAUGCAGGAGCGAUGGAAAGAUUGCAGGCCGAGACUGAACUUAUUAAUAGGGUAAAUAGUACUUACCUUGUGAGGCACAGGACCAAAGAGUCAGGAGAAUAUGCAAUUAGCAUUAAGUACAAUAAUGAAGCAAAGCACAUCAAGAUUGUAACAAAAGAUGGCUUUUUUCAAAUUGCAGAAAAUAGAAAGUUUAAGAGUUUAAUGGAACUUGUGGAGUACUACAAGCACCAUUCUCUUAAAGAAGGUUUCAGAACCUUGGAUACAACUCUGCAGUUUCCAUACAAGGAGCCAGAACAUUCAGCUGGACAGAGGGCUAACAGAGCGGGCAACCGCUUGCUGAGUCCAAAGGUGCUGGGCAUCGCCGUCGCUCGCUAUGACUUCUGCGCCAGGGACAUGCGGGAACUGUCCUUGUUGAAAGGAGACAUGGUGAAGAUUUACACGAAGAUGAGCGCCAACGGCUGGUGGCGAGGAGAAGUGAACGGCAGGGUGGGCUGGUUUCCAUCCACGUAUGUGGAAGAGGAUGAAUAAUCUCCCCUCCAGCGUUGCACCCCACACCAGGAAUUUCAGAGACGGGAUCCACAGAAGGCUGUGCAGCGUUAUGAAUUCACUCAAGUGUUUAAAAAGCUGUCUUUCUGGCUAUUCAACAUCCUCCCUCCUCUGCCCUCCUAAGUCUUAAUGCUGGGAUUUCUAAAGAUGCCGGGACUGACAGAUGAAUGGCUCGCCUAGAGCUGUGCAAGAAACAGCCUGCCUGUCUGGCAUCGUCAGGGACCAGGGCAAAGUCAAAAGCGUUUCUUCCCAAAAGAGCCCUGCGAGCACAAUGGUUCGUGUUUCUUUUAACUUGGUCCAGCCAGAUGCCAUGAGUGCCAGCCAUUAGUAAACAGUGAACGUGUAUUUACUUUGCUCAUGUGCCGUUCGCCAGCAUUUUUGAUGGUACAGCAAGUAGAAGUUUAAUUUUGCCUUGCCCAGCAUGAAGAACCUGGAGAGUGCUGCUACUGGGUCAGCUUAAUGGAGAAAUCCAGCAUUACUUGUCUUAAACUCCCUCACAAGGCGACUCACUGCCCAGCAGCCACUGUCACCCGCAGAUGUUACUCAUGUUAAAAUAUAGGAGGCAGAUGCUCAGGUGUGCUUCAUAAGUGAUACACUGGGUUGGGGGGGGUGUCAGUUAUUCAUCUGAUGUCCUGAUGAUAUGUGCAAACUUUUUCAGAAGAGACACACACAAGAGCGUGAGUACAAGAGAGGGCCUUCAUAUGCAAUCUUCACAACCUUCGUGAUUUCAUAGGGUUAUUUUGCAAAUUCAGUGCUUCACUUUAUGAGAUCUUGGCUGGGUAUGUUUUAGGUUGUUCCAGGUAACCGAUGCUAAGGUGGCACUAUUUGCAGAAACAGACCCAGGGCUGUGAUUUAAAGUAAGCCAAUUUAGAGAAGCCACAUCUGUUAACACAUACCUCCCUCCCCCACUAUCCUCCUUCCCCCUCCAAAAAAAAAAAAAAAAAAAAAAAAGACCUGGGAUAUACGUGCUGAUUCUUACAUGUACCUGGAGUCUUCACAGUAGCACAAACAACUUUGUUGAGGCAUUUCGAAGGAAGGCACAACAAGGUCCUUUAUGCAUUUCGGGGACAGGAGAGUCAUGGGACUUUUCUGGUCUUACUCAGUGUGAGCUCCCAGCUCCCACUGAGGCUCUUCCCAUCUGCAGGCCAUUCUGGGUGUGUAUUAACCGCUGGGCAGAUCGGUUUGCAGGGCAUUUCUUUGACCAAGUCUUCACUGUUGAUGUGAAGCAUCUCUGUACAUUUUUCCCGGGAUGUACCGAGUGCUCAGUCGAGACAAGUCACUGAGGCAAUAGUUCCUCCGUAGCAGAGUCAUGUUCUGACAAGACUCAGUGGUUCAUGUUUGAAGAAAACAUGAGAAGCAUUUACUUAUAGAGCCCGACUAAGAACAUUUCGUUCUGAAGGACGGAUCAUCUCUAAAAUGAGGUGGCUGCAGCUGGCUUUCUCCCCGACCCACGUGGGUGCCAGAAUGUCAUGGUCAGUGGACACAUCCCCCUGGAGAGACCCUCAUGGGCUAGGAACUUGUCAAAUAGGAUAGAUUCAGGACCUUUACCUCAGAAUUAUGUAAACUGUGAUUGUGUUUUAGAAAAGUUAUUAUUUGCUAAAACCAGUUCAGUUUUUGUAUAUGUGUAAAUGAUCAUGAACUUGAGUUUUAUAAGAUGUCCUGUACAGUAAAGCUAUACCUCCAAGGUGUAUCUUCGAGUGGAUUCUUUCCUGUCAAGUCUUAUCUGCAACCCUGUGUCUGGGGAAUGUUGUGUCUGUUGCUGUCUGCCCCGUGUUGUUAAGGAGAGCAGCGUCACACAAAUUCAAACACUCCUGUGACCGGUAUUGUAGCUUGUGCUGUUUCCUUUAGUCUUAUUUUAGCCAGUAGACUCCCUCUCCUUCUUGUUGCAUUUCACGGGCCUGGGAGUCCCCCAGCGGAGGGUAUUAGAGCCCCUUUGUUAUCAAUUACAUUCUUUGUCUAUGUAUAAUACUUCGUAUUGGACAUUUUACAUGCUGCAAAAUUGUGUAGAUUUCUAAUACCAAAGACAGAAGUAAAUGUUUUUCUGUAGGCUCUGUCUUGCCUGUAUGCAGCCCUGUGUAAUAUGGUGAACUGGAGUGUUAUCUCACUUUGUAAUAUUUUGUAAAUAUGUCAAUAUAAUAAAUGGUUACUCCUUGCAUUAAAUUGA